AUGAACCGCUGCUUUCUGACAAAGGGUGAAAAGACGCUCUCUGUCACUAAUCUCUCUUGCGUAGCUGAAAUAAAAGAUAUCAUCUAUUUCUUCACAGAUGUUGCACGAGUGGUUCAUGUUCAGCUUCUUGUGGAUUCCAGUGACAAGCUGUCCCAGAAAGCUACUGACAAGUUGCACCAGCAGGAAAUUUCGCUUGCUCAGGCUAGGAAUGGUCCAAGCAUUACGCCAUAUUGCAUCGAUUACAACGUUUGGUUCGAAAAAUGUCUUGAAAGUGAAACCCGCCUGAUGAUAGACAAAGAAGAAGAAGGGUUUGAUGAAACUUCCACUGUUUAUGAAGAAGUAGACCAAAGAAAAAAGAGUAUCUUUUUUUCCAAUGUCCAUCGAGCACAGAGACUACAUCAUAUCACCAGUUUCUUCAGAUUUAGAAAGGAUUCAAAGGACGGUGAAAAUGUUACAAAAGGUGAAGAGUUUAGGGUUCGAGUUGCUAUAAACGGCAAGGGGAAGAGUUUGGGCUGUGGCUUUAUUGAGUUUGAGAGUGCUGACAGAUCAAAGAAGGCGCUGCUGUACGAGAAUAGUGGUCUGAAUAUUAUUGCUGAUGUGGCUGAGAUGGCUCCAUAUCCUAUCCGACCCAGGUACAACCAUGCAGAAGAGCUCUGA